UAUUCUUUCGCUAAGAAAUUGGGACGGUCCAUCAUGGCAGGGAUGGUCAGCUCUGGCUUGAUGGAUAGCUCACAAGGCAAUGAACGAUUGGCGUGUAAGAGAGUACGCUCGGAGUAUUCCACUCAAGCCGAACCCGACAUUGAGUUAAGGUCGUUAUGGACUCCUCCACCCUCACCAAUUGCUACGGUUGCCACCAUUUGUCCCAUUGCGCACAAAAUGUGGUUCACAACACCAACAGAAGAUCUUAAUCGCAAGAGAAGUUUAGAUGGUGAAUCUACGCAACCACUACCUGCCCCUUCAACUGUAGAUCUCAUGGAUGUGGAUCUACAACCCCGUCCAGCACUUUCCAUCCUUACGCAGUGCUUCAACCACGUACGCACCACGACAUCUUCUCCCACUCUGCUUACCCUUCUCGAUGACCUCCUCCGCCCGUCCCUUGCAUCCUGGCGUGCGCAUUUUAACCUUCUCUUCUUAACGGAAAUAAGGCAUGCCCAUCCGGAACCCAGCAAUGUCACAACAACCGGUAUAUUUCAUUUAGUUCAUUAUCUCGAAGAUAUGAAAACACUGCAAGCUACCUGGCAAGCUGCGGCGGGACAUUGGGCCUGGCUCAGUGGUGCAAUUACAGUUGGAAGAACAUGCGGCAGCUGGACGCUCUAUCAUAAGGUGAUACAACAGCUUGUAGUUUACUGGCUGGAACAAGAAGGCAUGGUCCAUGCUGUGAAUGAGUAUCGAGCUCUGACGUGAGCUUGCAUCAAGCAUCUAGCAGUGUGGCGAAAUCGAGGGUGAAGGUUAGAGCCGGAUAGGGAUGCCAACGUAUUUGAUUUAGACCAUAGGUGCAACGACCUCCGUUGCAGUAUAGCUCCCUGAUUUGAUUCUAUCCUUAUGUAUAUAUGGUAUAUAGCAUGAUCUAUCAUUAAUAUCGCAUGAUAAAUUCAGGCGGGCAUGGUAAGGA